UGGCCAAGCGGAAGUGUAGUCGUAUCUCUCUCUCAGUGCUGAGGCAUUCGCUCGAUAAUGAUCUUUAAUUCAUGUAACGCGGACAGAAAAUCAACCGAAAUGCGCGCAGAUUUGCACGGCGUCAACUGCGCUCAGUGUGGCGAAGCAGGACAGCGGAAGUGAGCUUCUUCGGCCCGGUUCUACGCAACGCGAUGCAAAUGGGCUGCGAUAUUGUUCAUUCGAACAGCGACGGGAAACCGCUGGAAAAACACACACACUGCGCUGCGCCGUUUCAGUCCGAAGCGACCGUGACUCGGGCGCAGUAAGAAGAUCACGCAGGGGCCAAAGAGCUACAUGUGACACACUUCUGUCAAUUAUUUAAUAUCUUUAAUAGCACCCAUUGACACCAACACGACAUCCAACACGACUACAGAUGGAGGACUGGGAAUGAGCUUGUGUAUGGUGGGAAACGAAGACGUGCGCGCUGGAGCCGCAACAGAGGCGACGCUGUGCUGAGCGAAGCGGCCCGGAGAGUCAUGCGGCGGUGGGGGAGGAUCGGAGCAGGGAGCUCACAGCACACAGCACGUUCCGCAAUAACUUUAAUACCGCACAGCGAAGGGCUCUAACAUGACAACAGGCGUCAAAAAGGGGUAAAAACUUCGCACACACACUGCGUUAUGCGCUUUUACGCAAAGUCGCGGCUCCUCUUGGUGCGGUAAAAGUCCACACCGGCAGCUAAAUCAUUCCCAACUUUGUCCAUUUGGAGUUUAACUGAAGACUGAUACGAUCUUAGAUCUAUAUAUAUAUAAGUGUGUGUGUUAUUAGGGGUUGGGCUGAUGUCUUAACCGUACACAUUAGUCAAACAGAAUUAACUGGAUGAAGGAAGUGUUUGCGCUCUGUGAUGAUCUAAUUUACGCAGAAUAACCGGGGUGUCAUAUAGACGCAGCCCCAUGACUUGAUUUUACAUUGAUUCUCAUCUCGGCCCAAAUGGCAUCGUUCCCCGAUUCCGACGUGCAGACGUGUCCGCUGUGUAAGGAGCUGUGUGGCUCCUCUGCUCCGAUCUCCUCCAGUUCAUCUACCUCCUCCUCGUCAUCGCAGACCUCCAACUCGUCUACUACCUCGUCCACGCGAAGGCUGCACGUCCUGCCGUGCCUGCACGCCUUCUGUAGGUCUUGCCUAGAGAGCCUGAGGAACAACGGAGACCCGCUAAAGCUCCGCUGCCCCACUUGCGACCAAAAAGUACCCAUGUCCGAGUCGGGCGUAGAUGCGCUGCCCUCGUCCAACUUCUUGUUCAGCAACUUGCUGGACGUGGUGGUGUCCACCGAGGACCAGGGCACGAGCAGCUGCAUGGGGAGCGGGGGUCUUCUCCGUGCUCAGCACGUGCUCUCGGAGCCGCAGUGCAGCUCGUGCGAUGAAGGUAACAGCGCGAGCUCGCACUGCCUCGACUGCCAGGAGUACCUGUGCGACAACUGCGUGCGUGCGCACCAGCGCGUCCGUCUCACCAAAGACCACUUCAUCGAGAGCCUGGCGGAGAACCUGCACAUGCCAGGACGCACCGGGGGCCACGGUGCAACGCUCAGCCUCUCACAGGCGUUUCACAACUUCUCACUGCUUCCGGUUUUCCAGGACAGAAUGGACUACUGUCAGCAGCACGACAACGCGGUGCUGCGAUUUUUCUGUGAGAGUUGCUCUGUGCCUAUCUGUAGGGAAUGCAGUGUGGGAAGACACGUGGGCCACAGUGUGUCCUACCUGCAGGACGUGCUGCAUGACUCCAGAGCGCUCACCAUUCAGCUGCUCGCAGAUGCACAGCAGGGACGACAGGCCGUGCAGCUAAGCAUUGAGAAAGCGCAAACAAUUGCUGAGCAGGUGGAACUGAAGGCCAAGGUGGUGCAGUCAGAGGUGAAGACCACCACACUGCGUCACAAGAAAGCCCUGGAGGAGCGUGAGUGUGAGCUGCUGUGGAAGUUGGAAAAGAUCCGCCAAGUGAAGGCCAAGUCCCUGUACCUUCAGGUUGAGAAGCUUCACCAGAACCUCACCAAGCUGGACAGCACCAUUGCCACAGUGACAAAAGUGCUGGAGGAAGGUCGCAACAUAGACAUCCUACUAGCACGUGAGCACAUGCUGAAUCAGCUGCAGGAGCUUAAAGCACUGCGCUGCAUUCUGCAGCCCCAGGAGGAUGACCGAAUCAUGUUCACACAGCCAGAUCAGGCGCUUCUGAUUGCCAUCCAGUCCAUGGGUCUGAUAAGUAGUGGAGCCUUUGCAUCAGCCACCAAAGCCAAUGGAGAAGGUCUCAAGAGAGCGUUACAGGGAAAAGUAGCUUCCUUCACAGUAGUCGCAUAUGACCAUGAUGGAGAACCGAGGUUGUCUGGUGGAGAUGGUGUAUCAGUGGUCUUGAUGAGUCCAGAGGGAAACCUCUCUAGUGCCGAUGUGUCUGACCACCAAGAUGGAACCUACACAGUUAGCUAUUUGCCUAAGAGUGAAGGUGAGCAUAUUCUUUCUGUGCUCAUCUGCAACCAGCACAUUGAAGGAAGUCCUUUCAAAGUAGUGGUCAAAUCUGGCCGCAGUUAUGGAGGUAUUGGGCUGCCUGUUGCAUCCUUUGGUGCAGAGGGUGAUGGGGAUGGACAGCUAUGUCGACCCUGGGGCAUCUGUGUUGAUAAGGAAGGAUAUGUAAUUGUGGCUGACCGAAGCAACAAUCGCAUACAGAUCUUUAAGCCAUGUGGCACCUUUCACCACAAAUUUGGCACUUUGGGUUCUCGACCUGGCCAGUUUGACCGACCUGCCGGGGUUGCCUGUGACAGCCAGAGAAGAAUCAUUGUGGCUGACAAGGACAAUCACCGCAUCCAGAUCUUCACCUUUGAUGGCCAUUUCCUCCUAAAGUUUGGUGAAAAGGGAACCAAAAAUGGGCAGUUCAACUACCCCUGGGAUGUAGCUGUCAAUUCAGAGGGAAAGAUUCUGGUCUCAGACACGCGCAACCAUCGAGUACAGCUGUUUGGCCCUGACGGGGUGUUCAUCAACAAAUAUGGGUUCGAAGGUGCCCUAUGGAAGCAUUUUGACUCACCUCGAGGAGUCGCCUUCAACCAGGAAGGUCACCUAGUGGUGACUGACUUCAACAAUCAUCGGCUGCUUGUCAUUAGGCCGGACUGCCAGUCUGCACGCUUUCUUGGCUCUGAGGGAACAGGUAACGGGCAGUUCUUGCGUCCACAAGGCGUAGCCGUGGACCAGGAGGAUCGCAUUAUCGUGGCUGACUCCCGUAACCAUCGUAUUCAGGUGUUUGAACCCAAUGGCAACUUCUUAUGCAAGUUUGGGACUCAGGGUAGUGGCUUUGGGCAGAUGGAUCGCCCAUCAGGUAUAGCUGUUACCCCUGACGGAAUGAUUGUAGCUGUAGACUUUGGAAACAAUCGAAUCCUCAUCUUUUGAGCUAGGGUUCAAUGUUAGAAAUAUAUGUUGGCUGAGGAGGAAAAAAGAAGGUUUAGGUACACGAUUAUCAGGAGCAAACAUGGCUAAAUGUGGCAGCAAUGUGUAGAUUCUUUUGUACUCAUCUAUAUCUAUUUAUCCUGAUUGUAGUAUGAUUUGCGCUGCUGGCGGAAGUGUUCAUCUCGUGCACACGCCAUUUAUCAAAGAGAAGAGUAGAGCAAAAAGACUGGUUGCUAGGGGUGUUGCUAUUUUGCUCUUGAGCGGAGUUUUGAAAUCUUUAUUUGUCCGAUUUUUUUUCUCAGGGAAUUUCCAGCAUUCUUGAAACAUUUCUCUCUCUCUCUCUGCAUUAUACCUACCUCAUCUAGCUUGUGUAUGAAUGUAUUCUCUUGUGUGUUGCAGUGUCUGUGAAGUUUUAUAAAGAUGUCUACCUCAGUGCUAUUUUUAUUUGUCAGAGUACAUAACAUAAGAAAUGAAGCAAUGUUUGGUUGAUAUUUGCACAGCUCGCACAAAUUUCUCCUGAUUGUUACUGUGCACAUAACACCGGUAGGAAUGUUUGAUUACAGUGAUGCAGUAAGGCCAGGACUGCAUGUCUGCGAAAACAUUUGGAUAAUGUUUGGAUAAAUCUACUGUUUUGUGUUAUGAUUUGGAAUCUGUUUUCAUUUGUCGUACCUCAUCUAAACUUCUUACCUCAUAACCUAAAUGUACCUAUGUGUACAAAUGCCUCAUUGUACAUACCUCACUUUGUUGAUUUCCUUUAAAGUUAUGUAAUUUUCUCAAAAAUGUGUGUUGGCUUAUAGGAUGGCUAGUUUUUUCUGAAUUACUGGUAGGUCUGUUAGUAUAGAUUCAAGCCAAGAGUUUGCGCAAUGCAAGAAUAUAUUGCUCCCUUUUCUGAAAAUGUUUUACAAAGGAUCUAGAAAAAGGGCAGAGAUAGGUGUGUAAAGAUUUGAAUCUUUUUGGGGGACCUGGGAUUGAAUUGAAUCGUCCCAUUUUUGGUUAUUUCUGUAUGUCUUUGUAUUUUUUUUUUUUCUAUUAUCAUCUAGCACCAUUCAAGAUGAAGUGUUUAUCAGAAUGAUUGGUUGGCAUGUUGGUUUGUUGACUGGCUGUUGCUGCAAGCUUGGAUGUAAUCCAGACCCUAGAGGAUGACAUAGUUUACUUUGAUAAAAAAAAAAAAAGAAGUCCUUUCUGAAUGUCUGAAAUCUAUUUAUUGGCCAAGAAAGAGCUCUAAAAGCACGAGCUGAAUUAGAUCUCCUCAAAGACCGUUUGCUCAGUCAAAGGAACACAGUUUGAAAACCUCAAUAAUCAACUGAGUAUGGUCUAAAAUAAGAGAUUUUUUUUCUUAAUUUGUGGGGGAACCACUUUAAUUAAUGGUUUUAAUUGUUAGCUGCUUUUCCUGAAUGUUGCUCAAAAAGAUAGCAUUUGCAAGCAACAAAAAAGAUGAGCACUGACAUCCUGACACGUAAAUACCUUGUAUCUACAGAGACAUCAUGUAAUGAAAAACCCUUCUGAAACUACAAGGAAAGUUUUGAGAGACAGUAAAGAAUGUACAUUCUAGUCCCUGCCAUAUCCUGACUACAUGCCCUGUUCAGGGCCUAAAUCCCAAAGCUGAUCUGUCAGGUGUUGCUCUUGUUUAGCUCCUCGUCUGGAUGAAAAUUUUCUAUUUUUAAGCUGCUUCUGCAGGUGCAAACAUUGAGAGCUCUUUUUUCCUGAUUGUGUGUACAUGUCCCAGGUAAAGACAGGUACACUCACAAGUUCGAUGCUAUGUGGCUUUACUUUAUUAUAGAGGCUCCGCUUGUGCAUUCCAUUUCACAGCAGAACAUUCAAAUUCAAAAAUAACCCCAAAUUAAAGCACAGCAACAUUUUAACAACCAUUUUAGUAAUAUUUUGCACCUGUUUGCUCAGUCAGAUUUGUCUUUAAGCAGCACAGGAGUCUACAACUUGCCAAAAAGUAACCAUUGGGAAUGGUCAAGUGCCAAAAGCGAGUGUAUCUGGGACACUUGCUCUGAGGCUGCUCAUAAGAUUGGUUUCUUAUCGAAUCAGUUCCUUAGUGCGACCUCACUUCUGUUUUACACUGCAGUACCUUAACAUGUAUAUCAGCAGAGUCAAAGUAUAACAUUAACUGUGCUGUUGUAUGUGAAGGGCCGUGUUUGGAAAGCAACAUUUUCCAGCUUAUGCAUUGGUCCAAAUGCAGUGAUUGAGAUCAGAGCAGAACCUGAUUCAGCUGGUUGCAAGUUACAAAAAAACAUUUACCAAGGAAAAAAAAACAAAAAAUAAAAUAUUGAGUGCUAGGCCUGUUGUGGAACAUGAACCAUGUGAGCAUUGGGCAGUAAUGAAAGAAUUUGCUGCUUCGAAAUCUUCACACUAAUUUCAGUAUUAAUGUCAGCUGUUUGAUUUGUGUUUGACGUUUAGCUGCAACUCUGUCACCAGAGAACCAAAGAAAUCUCUAUAAGAGAAACAUUUGCAUGCUUUAAAAGCCCUUGUAGGUAAUUUUAUUUGAAAUGGGGUGAUGAAGAAGAAGCAGACACUUAUUAUUAUAUACCAAAAAUGUUCCAAUGUUGUGGUGGACGUCUUUGACUACAAGUUUUCUAUUAGUCGUUGAUGGAUAGCUUUACAGAGCAAGGUACGAGAACGAGAAGGGAGAAAGGUUUAAAUUCAUAUGCCUUAACACUGCUGCAUUGUAUUACAACUAUUACUUUUCUUGUUUGGAAUUUAAUCAGACUGGAAACUGCCAAAGAGUUUGCUCUAUUGCCUUUUAUGUUCGUCGCCUUUUUUUUUUUUUUUAAAUAUAUAUAUAAAUCUCAUCUCAAAUCCCUCACUGAUGAUGUACUCACAGUUUGAUAUAACAAUUAGACUGAGCUUCACUAAAAUGAAAUAUGCGUAGUAACAUCCCAGUACAGUUGAAAUAGCAGUUGUGUUGAGUUGUGCUUGAGAAGAAAUCUUUUCAGUCCUACCGAGGAGCCAUCACAUGUAUAGGCCUCAACCGAGCAGCCACACAGAACUUGAGCAUCCAGUAUCUCAUCAGUGUAUUUACUAUGUGUUUUGGUUAUUAGGGAAAUAAAGAAAUCUAGUUUAUAUUAGAAGGAUAGUUCCACUUCUUAGACAAUAUGGUGCCAGAACAAUGCAGUAAAUGGGUGCACAUGUCUAUAAGUUAUUAAUCAGACUCGAACAUUGUUCAUCAGAAUGUCUAAUCACAGCAUUCUGUCUCAUGUUUGGACUUCUGGUCAGUGUCUCUACGGGUUUCCCACCAGUUGUGGUGUAUUCCAGCUUUUGAUCUGUUUCCUAAUCUUGGAAAAGCAGAAGGAAUGUGUAAACAGUUCAGAAGUGCAUGGUCUUUUUUAUGAUUGUAUUACCUAAGAAGAAGAAAAAUCCCAAAUACUCAGGUAGCUUUAUAGAGAUUUGAUUCAAAGUCAAUAUUUGUUUCUUACAAUUGGAUAGUAAAUCCUUUGUUAGUACUCCAUAGGAUUUAGUAUCUAUUUUUUUGUGUGUGCUUUAUUGUAUUUAUCUACAAAAAUAUCUUUGCUGUGUGUAAAUUCAACAGGAUCCUUUACAGCCAAAUUUCACUAUUUGUGUUCAUUUUCAGACCCAGAUUAAAAAAAAAAAACAAAACAUUAAAAUGUUCAGAAAAAUGUUAUUAAAUCAGACAAAUGGCACUAAUGCAACAAUGUGGAGAUAUUUUUGAUAAGUGUAAGAUUACAUUGCUUACUUUAUUAAUGAAAGAUAUAUAAAUAAUGUUCAAUAUAUUACAAAUAUGACCUCUUUUCAAAAUGUUUUGUUUGUUUGUUUUCGAUAGCAACAAUCCAACCAUAUAUACUGUAGUUUUCAUUACACUUACAUUACAGUCAUUAUUCCCUGAUCACAUAUUUGGCUGCGAGACAAAUGGAAAGGGACAUGUGGAGCGAUUGCUGCCUGAACUCAGACCUGGCAUCAGUUUUAUCCUGUAAAAAGCUAAUUAUUAGUGUCGGAUCUAAAAUUGCAUACGCAGAUUCCAGGUCUGAUGUCUUUUUAGGUGGAUGUAACAUUUAGUAUCCUCCAAGAUAAGCAGUAUUUUCCAUUCAUAAAAUCUGUCAUAAAUACUCCUGGAUUUUGGUCUGAUGCUGUACACAGAGGAGGCUGAAUGUAUUAUUUGGUGAUCUACAGUCUUGUGCUUUUGUCUUUGUUGACUUUAAACAUUUUCCUAUGCAGAUUUCUUUGUUUUAUGUUCAGCUCUUUAUGCUUAAAUAAACUUGUUGGGAUCCUGAA